CCUAAGUCUAAAACAGAAUACGAUGCGUUCUGGUGAUAUGUCCUCUGUAGGUGUUAGUUCUGGUGAUAUGUCCUCUGUAGGUGUUAGUUUAGGUGAAAUGCCCUCUGCAGGUGUUAGUUCUGGUGACAUGUCUUCUGUUGACGUUGGUUCUGGUGAUAUGUCCUCUGUAGGUGUUAGUUCUAGUGAUAUAUCCUCUGUAGGUGUUAGUUCUAGUGAUAUAUCCUCUGUAGGUGUUAGUUUAGGUGAUAUGUCCUCUGUAGGUGUUAGUUCUGGUGAUAUGUCCUCUGAGGGUGUUAGUUCUAGUGAUAUAUCCUCUGUAGGUGUUAGUUCUGGUGAUACGUCCUCUGUAGGUGUUAGUUCUAGUGAUACGUCCUCUGUAGGUGUUAGUUCUAGUGAUAUAUCCUCUGUAGGUGUUAGUUCUAGUGAUAUAUCCUCUGUAGGUGUUAGUUUAGGUGAUAUAUCCUCUGUAGGUGUUAGUUCUGAUGAUAUGUCCUCUGAGGGUGUUAGUUCUAGUGAUAUAUCCUCUGUAGGUGUUAGUUCUGGUGAUACGUCCUCUGUAGGUGUUAGUUCUAGUGAUAUAUCCUCUGUAGGUGUUAGUUCUAGUGAUACGUCCUCUGUAGGUGUUAGUUCUGGUGAUAUGUCCUCUGUUGAUGUUAGUUCUGGUGAUAUGUCCUCUGUAGGUGUUAGUUUACGUGAUAUGUCCUCUGUUGACGUUACUUCAGGUGAUAUGUCCUCUGUAGGUGUUAGUUUACUUGAUAUGUCCUCUGUUGACGUGACUUCAGGUGACAUGUCCUCUGUAGGUGUUAGUUCAGGUGAUUUGUCCACUGUAGCUGUUAGUUUAUGUGAUAUGUCCUCUGUUGACGUCAGUUCUGGUGAUAUGUCAUCUGUAGGUGUUAGUUCUGGUGAUAUGUCCUCUGUAGGUGUUAGUUUAUGUGAUAUGUCCUCUGUUGACGUUAGUUUAGUUGAUAUGUCCUCUAUGGUUAUUAGUUUAGGUGAUAUGUCCUCUGUAGGUGUUAGUUUAUGUGAUAUGUCCUCUGUAGGUGUUAGUUCUGGUGAUAUGUCCUCUGAAGGUGUUAGUUUAGGUGAUAUGUCCUCUGUGGAUGUUAGUUUAGGUGAUAUGUCCUCUGCAGGUGUUAGUUUAGGUGAUAUGUCCUCUGUAGGUGUUAGUUCUGGUGAUAUGUCCUCUGUUGACGUUACUUCAGGUGAUAUGUCCUCUGUAGGUGUUAGUUUACGUGAUAUGUCCUCUGUUGACGUGACUUCAGGUGAUAUGUCCUCUGUAGACGUUACACCGGGUGAUAUGUCCUCUUCAGGUGUUAGUUCUGGUGAUAUGUCCUCUGUAGGUGUUAGUUUAGGUGAUAUGUCCUCUGUAGGUGUUAGUUCUGGUGACAUGUUCUCUGUUGAUGUUAGUUUAGGUGAUAUGUCCUCUGUGGAUGUUAGUUUAGGUGAUAUGUCCUCUGCAGGCGUAAGUUUAGGUGAUAUGUCCUCUGUUGGUGUUAGUUUAGGCGAUAUGUCCUCUGUUGACGUUAGGUUAGUUGAUAUGUCCUCUAUGGUUAUUAGUUUAGGUGAUAUGUCCUCUGUAGGUGUUAGUUUAUGUGAUAUGUCCUCUGAAGGUGUUACUUUAGGUGAUAUAUCCUCUGUAGGUGUUAGUUUAUGUGAUAUGUCCUCUGUGGGUGUUAGUUUAGUUGAUAUGCCCUUUGCAGGUGUUAGUUCUGGUGACAUGUUCUCUGUUGAUGUUAGUUUAGGUGAUAUGUCCUCUGUGGAUGUUAGUUUAGGUGAUAUGUCCUCUGCAGGUGUAAGUUUAGGUGAUAUGUCCUCUGUAGGCGUUAGUUCUGGUGAUAUGUCCUCUUUAGGUGUUAGUUCUGGUGACAUUUAUCUGUAG